CAUUCCACGUUAUUUAUAAAUUAUUAACAAACUAUUGCUUGUGUAAGAAGCUAAAAACAAAAAAAAAACAAUGUUUGACGAUCGUCGAAGAUGUUUGUCAUGUUAAUUCAAUUAUUCUAAUUAAAUAUCGGUGAAAAAUAUGCAAUUUAUCGAUGUGAAAACACUUUGUGUGCUUCUUAACUACGAUCGGUAAGAAGGUUAGCUUAAAAUUUUCAUAAAUUAUUAAGAUAUUUCUCAUAUAUUAUAAUAAUAACAACAAUAACGUUAACUUCGCUCUAAUAAUAAACGCUUCCAAUAAUAGAGGCAUAAAAUAACAAUUUGAAAAAUAACAUUAGAGGAGUAUUUUCGAUUAUGUACAGCUUAUAUUGUUAGAUAAGAGAAAAAAAAAAAAAAGAACAAACAUUUUCGCCGAUGCGACGUGACAUUACUAUCACAUUAAAACUAGAUUAGCUACGCACAAAACGCUGCAUUAUACAUAUACUAUGAGGAUGUAAGAAGAAAAAACAAUUGUAAUGUUUAAACGAGCAGUAUCGUGUAUGUAAUCUGUUUGUGUAUAAAACAAAAAAAAAUAAAUAUCUAUUAAAUGUAUUCAAAUAAUGGCACAUUGAUCAUCGAAUUUACGUGUCGAAAUUGAACUGCUUAUGUACGGAAACAUUUGUUUUUGCUUCUUUUUUUCUUUUUUUAAAUAUAUCUCUCCUUUUAUAUUAAAAAAAAAAAAAAUGCAUAAAUUAUCAUAUAAAAAUAUAUAAUAUAUAUGUACGUUCACAAGACUACAGAUAGAUGGCGCCUCACUAAACUACAAAUAGAUGACGCUUCGAACACUUGCGAACUAUCGAUAAUACAGUUUUUCAUCGAAACGUGUUGAUGAUGUUUACAUACAUAAUAUAAAUGUGAUGCAUGUGUAAAUCUAAUUACAUAUAUAAAUUGAUGUUUUAUAAACCAAAGUAGUUUAAAAUGGGUAAAAGAUAUUACUGUGAUUAUUGUGAGAGAUCAUUCAAGGACGAUCCCGAAUCUAGAAAAAAACAUUUAUCUAGUUUUCAGCAUGCCAAAAACCGAGCUGACCACUAUAGCUUUUACAAAGACCCUGAAAUAAUAUUGCAAGAAGAACAAGGAAAAAUACCAUGCAAAAAGUACAUGAGCAGCGGUGACUGCGCUUUUGGACGCAGUUGCAAGUUUUCUCAUUACACACCACCAAUGAUAUGGGAACUUCAGCGUAUUGUUGCAGCUAAACAAAUGGGAACAUCUCAGUUUAUACCUGAAGGUGGAUGGCCUGAUACAGAUGAAAUAGUUAAAGAAUUUUUUGUAGAUAUCACCAAACCGGAGACCACGAAAGAAAUAACUUAUCCCAUUUGGGAGGUACCAUCAGAGUUACUUAAUUAUCCAAACUUACCACCGUCGUUGUGGCCUCUCAAACCAGAAAGUAUAACCGAUUCCAAUUUUGCACAGUGGUCAUAGAAAUGUAAAUAGUUGACGUACUUCACUUUAAAUACAUUGUACAUGAAUAAUAACAUAUUAGUUUAAGUAAGAUAAGUUUAAAUGAGUAAGAGGUAAAAUUCAAUUUCAUUAUACACGAACAAGAAUCAUUGCCAUUAUAAUCCUUUUACAUAAGUAAUUAUUAAAAAACAAAAUAGAACUAAUUAUAAAUAAUCUCCUUAUUUGUCUUCUAAUUCUGAAAGGAAUAUUAUGUGCAAGCAAUGAAUUUAUAUUUUCAAGCAUU